UGACUUGAGCUGUGUGCAAGUUUUUCUUCCAUGAUGGUGUAAAAAUAGUCAAAAGAUAAGAAACUUAUGCACCUAACUAACUUUGUUGAAAAGAUUCUAAACACAUACGACAUUUCCUGCUACGCGUAACAUUUUCUACCGAUAUCUUAAUACAAAUUCAGCACAGAGUCGAAGAAAAGAAUCAAAAUUAAUCAAUUUUCUUUCAAAUAUUAAGCAACGAAAAAGUAUAUUCGAGCACCAUGGGAAUCUGCAUGUCUUGUGCAUCUUCUGGUGUUGGUACUUAUGAAAAUGCAGUUAUUAUAGAUUCAAGGUCUGAUAAUAAAACUCCAAGUUUACUUGGUUCUGCUUAUUCCCAACAAGGUGGUAAAGGAAUAAACCAGGAUUCCGCUAUACUUCAACAGGGUUUUGGUAUGGAUGAUGGGGUUCUUUGUGGAGUAUUUGACGGACAUGGAAUGAAUGGUCAUGUCGCGAGUAUAUUAGUCAGAGAAUUGUUGCCCAGUUUAUUGUUAGACCAAAAGAAAUCGAUUUCUUCGUCGACUGAUGGGAAUGAUUAUGUCGAGGAGUGGAGUAAAGCUUGUGUUGGUGCUUACCAAGUGAUGGACGAUGAACUUAAAAGUCGUCGAGAGAACUUGGAUUUUUCUUGCAGUGGAACUACUUCUGUUACCGUCAUAAAACAGGGUGAAGAUCUUGUUAUUGCUAAUCUUGGUGAUUCGAGGGCCGUAUUGGGGACUAGUUCUGAUAACGGAGAAAUGAAGGCUGUUCAGUUAACAACUGAUUUAAAGCCUAGUGUACCAGAGGAAGCUGAAAGAAUAACAAAGAGUAAGGGUCGAAUAUUCGCACUUGUAAAUGAAGCUCACAUUGAACGUGUAUGGUUGCCUAACCAGUAUUAUCCUGGACUUGCCAUGGCAAGAGCCUUUGGAGAUUUCGAUCUCAAGGAGUACGGAGUAAUAGCAGUUCCACAAGUGUCUCAUCAUCGCUUAAGCAACAAUGACAAAUUUGUUGUUCUUGCAAGUGAUGGGGUGUGGGAUGUGCUAAGUAAUGAUCAAGUGGUGUCGAUCAUGUCCUCAGCAGGACCAGAAACAGCAGCCAAAGCAGUGGUAGAUGCGGCUGUUGUUGGUUGGAGACGAUUUCCGCAUGUUAAAAUGGAUGACAUCUCUGUAUCUUGCAUGUUCUUCCAUGAGAGGUCACAGAAUCUGUAAAAAGUCCACAAUAAAAAGAUACAGUUUCUCUGAUUGACUUUACAUCUGCAAACUUCACUGUGACAUGAUGACUAGAAAAUAAGCGUACAAUUGUGCAGUUGACUACUUAUAUGUUUAAGGUACUAAUUUGACCAAUUGAUCUUUAUCUCCAAUAAAUUACCAUGUAACAAGAUUGUUGGAGAUUUGCUAA